UCAUUCGUUGGAGGUACAGUCAACAUUCCCGCUGAACUGCAAGGUCCAGAUGGCCAAAGUGUUACCUGCAAAAACACAAAUUGCCCUACUAAUCAAGCAUUCCACACUUCAGGUGAUUACGGCGCUAUCCGUAAUUCCGCUCUUGGCGGUACUUAUAAUCAUAUCUUCUGCCCUUAAAUGGGAAUUCAUGUAAGAGUACCUUUCUUACAGAGCUAGGAAUGUCAUGAUUUAUAUGAGAAAGAACAGGCCCCUAAGAGGGGGCGCUGCUUUUCUCCUUAUAUGGAGUUUGAAGGCUCGAGCGUAUUGAUAAAUUUAAACUUUUUCCGUCAUCUUGGCCAUCUUUUCGAACCACCACUUGCAAUCAUGAGUCUGCCAAGUCUACCGAGUCUACCCAGCCUGCCAAAUCUGCCAGGUUUGUCGAGUUUGCCAAAUGUGCCAUUCAUACAAUCACGAUGGGCUUCUUUCUUUCAGCCACCGAUGGCUACUCAAGCAUUUUUAGUGUGUCUAGCAAGCGCUGCCAACUAUAUAUCGGAGAAUGAUUCAUCUGGACAUCGUAAAACGGCAAUCUUUAAACAAAAGAAUCCAUUAAAUGAUAUACUUCACUUUAUGGAUUACAAAAAACAUCAUCGAAAAUUGGUAAAAGCAUCUAAAACUUUGGUUCCGCUGUUAUCGGUCGUUCAGCCAGUAUAUAUGGUUUACCUUUAUCAAUGUAAGAAGAAGCCCAACUUUCCUACAUUUAAAGCUAUGCCGUUUUUCGCACUUUCUGUAGCUGGAGUAGGCUGGCAACUGUUGUGUUCAAAAAUGUUGGAAAAAAAAGGUUUGCACGUUCACCGAUGGGGCCUUUAUCGCAUCGGUAUUCUGGCUAAUGCGCUAUGUGUUUCAGCUGCAAUCGUUGGACCAUUGAGCCCAUGGCUGGAUCUUUUGGGAACCAAAGCCUUUUGGUCUGGAAGAAUUUUAGGCAAAAGUCUGGUAGCAAGUCCAAGAUCAAUUGCUCAAGGGGCUGCUUAUCUUAUCGGAUUUGCAAGAUUUACGGAUGUAUUGUGGCAUCAUUAGCCAUAGUCCGCAAAGAGUAGUCUAUUGGAGCAUGAUAGCUUUCAAUCUAGUAUAAUUAUG